CCUCCUGCCUCCUGCCUCCCGCUCCUAUAUGAAGCAGCAGCGGUAUUACUACUCCACUGCUAAACUCACUCCAAUUUCCAUUUUCCACACACUGCUAGCAAGCAGCAUUUUUGUAGAAGUAGUACUACUCGCUCCAACCGGAGGAGAGAAGAAAAAGAGAGAGAGACUCGGACGGAGAGAGCCUCCUUGCACUCUCUCGCAUAUCUUGCUUCUAUAAGCACCAUUCUGAUAUCCUCCUUCACACUUCUUUCUGCUGAUUCUCUCUCUCUUUUUUUUUUUGUUCUUUCCCUCUCAACUAGACUAUUUAUUACCUUCCCUUCCAGACUCUCAAAAAAUAAGCAGCCAAACCAAACAAAUGGCUAAUCUCAACGGGACAACCUCGGAUCUGAGGACCACUUUCUUGGGCGUCUACUCUGUUCUCAAAUCUGAGCUCUUGAACGACCCUGCUUUCGAGUGGACUGAUGAUUCUCGCCGGUGGGUCGAUCGGAUGCUGGACUACAAUGUUCCUGGAGGAAAGCUGAACCGAGGUCUGUCCGUCAUUGAUAGCUACAAACUGCUAAAAGAAGGAAAGGAACUAACUGAGGAUGAGGUGUUUCUUGCUAGUGCUCUAGGGUGGUGUAUUGAAUGGCUGCAGGCAUACUUUCUUGUCCUCGAUGACAUUAUGGAUAAUUCCCACAUUCGGCGUGGUCAACUUUGUUGGUUCAGAGUGCCAAAGGUUGGUAUGAUUGCUGCAAAUGACAGUGUCCUACUCCGUAAUCACAUCCCUAGAAUUCUUAAGAAACACUUCAGAGAAAAGGCUUACUAUGUAGAUCUUCUGGAUUUGUUCAAUGAGGUGGAGUUCCAAACUGCUUCAGGGCAGAUGAUAGAUUUGAUUACUACCCUUGAAGGAGAAAAGGAUCUAUCUAAAUACUCCUUGUCACUCCACCGGCGAAUUGUUCAGUACAAGACUGCGUAUUAUUCUUUCUACCUUCCUGUUGCAUGUGCAUUGCUUAUGGCUGGUGAGAAUUUGGACAACCAUAUAGAUGUAAAGAACAUUCUGAUUGACAUGGGAAUAUACUUUCAAGUUCAGACACUCUAUUCAAGCAGUUACACCUUACAGUCCAGAACAUGCCAAAAUGGGAAGUUAUAUUGCGGACUGGAUAAGCGUCAAAGGUUUCACUUCACAUACAAAACAUACAUGCAAACACUUAGCCAGAAGAUUUUUCUGACUGUGUUUUCACCCUGUCAGGAUGACUAUUUGGAUUCUUUUGGUGAACCAGAAAAGGUUGGAAAGAUAGGAACUGAUAUUGAAGAUUUUAAAUGUUCUUGGUUGGUCGUAAAGGCACUAGAAAGAUGCAGUGAAGAACAGAAAAAGAUUUUAUUUGCGCACUAUGGAAAGGCAGAUGCUGCUGAUGUUGCAAAAGUCAAAGCUCUAUACCACGAACUUGAUCUCCAGGGCGUGUUUGCGGAAUAUGAAAGCAAAAGCUAUGAGAAGUUGACAAGCUGUAUUGAAGCUCAUCCCAGCAAAGCUGUGCAGUCAGUGCUGAAGUCAUUUUUGGGGAAGAUAUACAAGAGGCAGAAGUAGAAAGGAUAUUCCCAAAGAAUAAAAGCAAAAGAGACUUGGCAUUUGGUAUCUAAUUGUUGAACAGGGGAAACAAACACUACUUGUUCUUGUUGAUUUUUAGGAUCAGCUUCCACAUUAUUAUUAUUAUUAUUUUUUGGUGUAUUCUUGUUGUUUUGGCUUUGACAUCCUUGGCAAAGGGAUGAACGGUAUUCAGAUGUAGAAGGCAGCAUUUAUUGAGGCAACAAUGAACGAACCUUAAAGUUAUUCAUCUAUUUGUCUUCUCAAA